ACGUCCCUGACAGAUAGUGAGGAGACUGUUUGUGUCUAACACACCAAUAAGGGAUACCCUGCUGUUGUCAGAAGGGAUACAGUGCUGUUGUCUAAGUGGAUGCUGCUUGUGCUGUCGAAAAGUAUACACUUUUGUUGCCAACAGUGAGCAGUGAAACACUUGUGGCUUAUUUAUGGAUAUUCCGCUAUUGUCUAUGGAAAUGGUCUGAUGUUGUUUAAAGGAAUAUUCUGUUGUCGUUGACAGGAUAUAGAGGAAAACAUGAAGCAGAUAAGUGUGUGAUGUGCCGCAGGUUGAAUAGGACAGGAUAACGAGUUUAUGUUUAGGAAGUAGUGAUAUGUUAUAGACGACACAUUCAAAGAUGUGACUUGUUAUGUGUUCAAGGCGGGACGAGCGACAAGCUAUAGUUGGGAAGGUGGGAUGGGCGACAUGCUAUAGAGGAAAGUCAGAUGGUCCUCGUCCUAUAGAGAGGAAAUUGAACGGGCGACAUGCUAUAAAGGUGUUGUAAUGUCGUGUACCUCACAAAUACGUGCACUACACAUGCUACCUAUUGUGUGCGAGAAGGCCACGUCGUCUCUGAUGCAGAACCGAGCGUAACUGAGAGAUAGUGAAGAGACUGUUUGCGUCUAACACACUGAUAAGGGAUACCCUGCUGUUGUAAGAAGAGAUACAGUGCUGUUGUCUAAGCGGAUGCUGUUUGUGCUGUCGAAAAGUAUACACUUCUGUUGCCAACAGUGAGCAGUGAAACACUUGUGGCUUCUUUAAGGAUAUUCCGCUAUUGUCUAUGGAAAUGGUCUGAUGUUGUUUAAAGGAAUAUUCUGUUGUCGUUGACAGGAUAUAGAGGAAAACACACGGCAGCAGAAGUUGAUUCCUGCAGUGGACCAACGGAACCAUGGAUAGAAAAUAUGUCAUAGCAAUUGCUGUAUGUGUGACUGUGAUAGUCGUCAUCAUCAUCAUCGUCGUUGUCGUCGUGGCUCUGUUAAUCAGACGUCGGAGGAGGGUUGUUCGUAGACAACGACCACGACCACAGAGCUCAGUUUCUGUUGAGAGCACCGUUCAAGUUAGGGCAGCAAAGAAUUAUCGAAUCAGCCGCGAUGACAUCGUGGAGAGAUCAGGAAAAGACGACAUGGAGCUGAAAGGCGUGACCAACAGCCCGACAGGGGAGGCAAUCACAGCUAUGUGUCCCCCGACACCUCCAGUUGGUGGAGCCUCUCCACCGCGUCUCGAUCCCAUAUAACGCCGGGACAAUCUCACAACCAGCAUCUACUGCACAGCACCUGCACCAUCAACUACAUCAGGAAGUGCACAGACGUCAGAAAUUGAGAAUCGACACGCUACAAUGCCUUAAGAUUUGACGUCAACAAUGUAUAUCGUGUGUAUGACUAUAUGCAGGUCUUCCGUUUAGGUUGACGUAAUUGAUGUACACAUACGUAGUGCCCAUAUAGAAUAAACCGAUAAUGUAGAUGAUAAAUGGGAUACAAGAGGAAAGGCUACAAUGCACCAAAGGAUGUUGUCGAGUUACAAUAAGGGAUGUGCCGAUGUGGUUUUGUAGUAGUUUUGUAAUUGGUGUAUCCCACACAGGUCUGUACAAAUGCAGCUUAUACAAUUUUAAAAUGAGUGUUUUUUGUGUAUAUAUAAUCAGCAAUUUUCCUUCUGUAUCACGAUGGCCUGUUAUUACAUCAAGUCAAGACAAACCAGUGAUUGAUAUCAUGAGCAACGUCCAACGCCGUCGGGUAUCAUCACACGCAAUCGACCAGUCCAGUCCAGUCCUAUCCAUCCGACCCACAUUUAGUCGUCUCAUACAAAAACAACAAUAGAGUGCUGGGGACCAAUAGAAACUGUGACAAAAUAGAUUCUUUUUUUCAAAUUAGAACAAACGCACCGAUACAGUUUUAUGAGGAUCAUAUCACAAAUAUUCAGUAAAAGCUGUGCAUUGCACAUAUGAAUACAACGUGUGCUGUUUGCAUUUGUUUCUCCAGUGAGGAAAAAUAUACAGUUCAUAUACUCUGCAAAAAAAGAAACGCAAAUGUAAAAAGAAAUCGUAAAAUUCUGUCACAGUGUUGCCGACAUCCAUACAAAAUUAUAUCAAACAUGAAUGUGUACAUUUCUUCAUGGAUUGGGAUUGAAUUGUGUGGAAACUAGUGUGGAAUGAGGUACUGCAGACAUUUGGUGACAAGAUGGAAAAUCGCAACCACGUGAGAGCCUGGUGCCGAAACACACCAAUAUGACAUGCACGUUCAACGUAACUCGUUUGGUAAUAAAAUCGUUGGGAUGCGUAAGAUAUCAGCCCAGACUGAGGAACUGUUUACGCGCUGAAGGUAUUCGCGCUAGAUGACCAGUUCGGGUGUCAUUUUGACGGAGCUCCAUCGUCGACUGCGACGUCAAGGUGCGAUGGAGACAAAUUUGUUUUAGUGACGAAUCACGUUUUAUGCUUCGCCGUGUGGAUGGUAGGCGUCGUGUUUACACGGGGAACGUUAUACACGAAACUGCAUACAGGAAGUGGACAGAUUUGGUGGUGGAAGUGUGCCGAUGUGGGCAGCCAUCUCCUGCACUGGUAGAACAGACUUGGUGCAAGUUCCUGGGAACUUAACGGCACAGCGUAACACGGAUGAGAUUCUUCGACCACACGUCAUUUUCAAACAAGACAACGCCUGACCUCACAGUAGUCAACAAGACUGACAACAGCCUUCAAUAGGAAUAACACCAUCCAGAUCCUGCGAUGGCCCUCCAGGUCUCCAGAAUAAAACCCAGUCGAACAUUUAUGAGAUGCACUGGAUCAACGACUGCGAGCACAUCAGCAACACCCACAUGCCAUCCGACAGUUGGCACAAGCACUGCAGGUAGAAUGGGUGAACAGUUCCCCAGGCCAGAAUUCGGUAACUGAUUUCUUCCAUGGGACGACGAUGCCGGUCAGUUUUGGACUCUAAUGGUGGCGUAGACGAUAUGUAGAACAGAUGACCUUGAACAUCUACUGUGUGCCAAUUUUGAACAUUCGAUUACAAUCUGUUGAUUUUUAUAUGAUGCAUAAAAUAUAAAACUUU